AUGAGGGGGUCAUUAAUAGCCACUCUGGAGAAUGUGUCAAAAUGGGUGCAUGAUAGGAAGGAUGCAUCAGAGGAACUCAAUGAGAAGAUUAAAUUCCUAAGUGGAUUUGUUGUUGCAUUUAGAGAUCAAAUUCACACAGACAUUCAACUCCACCCUGGUGAUAAUGGGCCUCCAAUACCUGCACAUAGAGCCUUAUUGGCAAUACGAUCGGAAAUCUUCAACAACAUGCUAGACUCAGACGGAUGCAAAGCUCCACCAAACGACGCCGUAACAUUGCCAGAGUUGAACCAUGAAGAACUUGAGUCUCUCUUGGAGUUCCUGUACAAUGGGGACUUGCAUGAAGAAAAGAUGAACAAGCAUGUCUACUCCUUGUUCCUUGCAGCAGAUAAAUACGGAAUCUCAUACCUACAGAAGCUUUGUGAGAGCCAUAUGCUCAAGUCUCUGAGCACGGCCAAUGCUCUUGAUGUUUUAGAGGUUGCAGAUGUUUGUUCGUGCCUGACUUUGAAGGAGAAUGCCUUGGACUUCAUUGUCAAAAACAUGCACGACAUAGUUUUCUCAGCUAAGUAUGAUGCAUUUGCUCUUAAGAAUCCUCAUCUUUGUGUACAGAUUUCAAGGGCAUCAUUGAUGGAUGCCAAAAGAAAUUCAGUUUCUUAG